AUGCUUCUAGAUAGGGUGACAAACAGGACUGGACCCGCGAAAAAAAUGGGAUAUGGUGGGGUGGACACAUUAGAAGGUUUAGUUGCAUUGUGGAAUCCUUCUAUUCGGAAAUUCAAGGAAUUACCCCCUUUUGAAACCCCUCAAAUUCUUACCAAGGUUUAUUCCACUUUCGGCUUCGGCUAUGAUCACGUUUCUCAUCAUUACAAAGUGGUUGUUCUUUACUAUACCGCAUUUAACUCAUUUAACUCGGUUGACACAACUAAAGUAAAAGUUCAUACUUUGGGUACCAAUGGUUGGAAAACCAUUGAGACCUUUCCUUUUGGUGCUGUGUUUGAUGAGCAAUCUGGAACAUAUGUAAGAGGUACCAUUCAUUGGAUUGCCUAUACUCAAUGGUGUCAGAAAGGUCCCCUCUUCAUUAUUUCUUUUGAUUUGGGAAAUGACUCUUGUCAAAAGCUUUUGCCUCCUCAUCAUGCAGACAUCAGUCCCGAUUACUUGAUAUUGUCUGUCUUGAGGGACUCCUUGUGCUUAAUUUCUCAUCAUCAUAUUUGGGUCAUGAAGGAAUAUGGAAUUCAUGAUUCUUGGACUAAAUUGUGCACUGUUUCAUACAUGCAAGAUCCUACUAAGUUUUAUAUCUUGUCCAAGGCAUUGUAUGUUUUUGACGAUGACAGACUGCUGCUAGAAACUCAUGAGGAAACUAAUGACAAUGAGGAAUGGAAAAGGAAUCUGGUUGUUUAUGAUCCAAAGAACGACACUUUUAAGGUUACCAUGUUUAAAAACAUCCUAUAUGUCUGUCUUGAAAGUUUGAUUUCACCCUGCUGUUCUUAA